UUCUUCUUCCCACUUCUGGGGGUGAGGGGAGAGAUAAGAGGAGAAGCCAUACCAGCCUCCCAGCCAGGAAUGGGGAAUCGUCACCCAGUGCCAACCCAGGGUCAUAAUGUGGUGCAUGCUGCAAAGGUUCUGCCCAGGUGGAUGCGAUAGUUCUGGAAUGCCGUCCAUCUUGCUGAUCUAUGGAUGAGGACUCCCUUCCAGUGUUCAGUGGCUGACACAGUCCACCUGAGAGUCUCCAUUCGCCUAGAUAUUUGCUGUCAUCAUUUGGCUGGGGUAGUUGUCCAUAUGUUCUGUUCUCCAUUCUCUGCUAUGGUACCAGAUGUCCUCUGCAGGCCCCGAUGAGCUACCGUAUCCUCUGUGUGCAGCAUGGCCUGCCAUCCAGCACUCUAUCCUUUACACUGAGGAGGACCAGUUCUCACAGCUCAUGGUGUUUGGCAUCUUCCUGUGCCUGGACGCCUUCCUGUACGUGCUCACGCUGCUGCCGCUGCGCGUCUGCCUGGCGCUCUUCCGGCUCUUCGCCCUGCCUUGCUACGGCCUCAGGGACAGACGUUUGCUUCAGCCAGCCCAGGUCUGUGACGUUUUGAAGGGUGUUAUUCUGGUGAUCUGCUAUGUCAUGAUGCACUAUGUUGACUACUCCAUGAUGUACCACCUGAUUCGGGGCCAGUCUGUCAUCAAGCUCUACAUCAUCUACAACAUGCUGGAGGUGGCUGAUCGUCUGUUCUCAUCGUUUGGACAAGACAUAUUAGAUGCUCUCUAUUGGACGGCAACAGAGCCGAAAGAAAGAAAAAGAGCCCACAUCGGGGUGAUUCCUCACUUCUUCAUGGCCGUUCUCUACGUCUUUUUGCAUGCGAUUCUCAUCAUGGUUCAAGCAACCACUCUGAAUGUCGCCUUUAAUUCACACAACAAGUCCUUGCUUACUAUCAUGAUGUCUAAUAAUUUUGUUGAAAUUAAAGGAAGUGUUUUCAAGAAGUUUGAAAAGAACAACCUCUUCCAGAUGUCAAAUAGUGAUAUUAAGGAACGAUUCACAAAUUAUGUACUUUUGCUAAUAGUGUGUUUAAGAAACAUGGAGCAGUUUUCUUGGAAUCCAGAUCAUCUCUGGGUGCUAUUUCCAGAUGUUUGUAUGGUGGUUGCGUCAGAAAUCGCUGUGGAUAUUGUGAAACAUGCCUUUAUCACCAAAUUCAAUGACAUUACUGCAGACGUCUACAGUGAAUAUAGAGCCAGCCUUGCUUUUGACCUGGUCAGCAGCCGACAGAAAAAUGCAUACACGGACUACAGCGACUCGGUGGCACGCAGAAUGGGCUUCAUUCCUCUCCCCCUGGCUGUCCUACUCAUCAGAGUUGUAACAAGCUCAAUCAGAGUGCAAGGAAUCCUGUCUUACGCCUGCGUCGUACUCUUCUACUUUGGGUUGGUAUCCCUGAAAAUCCUGAACAGCAUCGUGCUCUUAGGGAAGGCAUGCCAGUAUGUCAAGGAGGCCAGAAUGGAAGAGAAACUGUUUAACCGCCCACCAGCCAGCACCCCCAGCCAGUCAGCCAGCAAAGCUCAGAGCAAACGCAGAUCUUCCCCAGGCCUUUCCACGGAAGAAAACCUGUCUGCCUCGGUCCCCAGCCAGCCCGCUCGGCCGAAGGAUGAUGUCAUACCACUACUAGUGACGAGUAGUUCGGAUCAGUUUCUGACAACCCCAGACUGUGACGAGAAGGACAUAACACAGGACAAUUCAGAAUUAAAGCACAGGUCCUCAAAGAAAGACUUGCUAGAGAUAGACAGGUUCACGAUUUGCGGCAACCGUAUUGACUGAGUUCCGGCCCCGUGUUGACGCUGCUGGGCCCGGGACAGCGGACGCUGAGCCACCGGGUCAGACAGAGGCUGAAAUGGCACUUAACUAUUUAUUUAAAAAUUUUAAGUUAUUGCUGGCAAGCAGGUCUUAGUGUCUUUCCUCCAGUGACGUGGUCCGGCUAAUGGGCUGGACCGUGGAGCAGCAGCCUGGCCUGGUCCCUGGAGGCUCGAUGACCCAGGCCACCCAACCCUACCCGGCCAUGCAGCUGCACUUCCGGGCCCAAGAGGGCGAAGCAGCUUUGUGAAUCGGGCUUCCGGAGAGUCACGCUUUGCCUCGAGGCCUCUUCAGUAUACGGAUGUACCUGGAAACUGUGAAGCUUUUACCGUGACGUCACCUUGGCAGUUUCACACUAUUUUCACAAACAGUUUCCAAACUCUACUUCAUCUGCCAAAGCAUUAAAAAAAAAUAAUAAUUAAACAUAAGAUAAAUGUUCUCACCACCAGAGUAAUCCUUGAAGAUACAUCUGAAUUAAUCAGAAUAAAUGGCUACCUUAAAUAAGACAUCAUGAAUAGUAGCAUUUUGUAGAAAACAAAAGCAAAAACAAAAAAAACAAAACCUCAAAUUGUUCAUUUAUUUAAAGCAAAAUUUAUUGAAGGUCAUGCAUCAGAAAAUGUUCCAUACUUUCUCAGUUUAUUCUUUUCAAGGUAAAUAUGAAAUGUGUGUCAUGUAACUACAGUGGAUGAAAGAGAAAUUUCCUGACAACAAAAGCACUUUUGUACUGAGAGCUUAGACCCUUGUUAACUUUUUGGUACAGUGAACUGGUUUUGCUUUAAGACCACUUGCUUCAUAAGUGGUUGCACCUGCAAGAUCUGUUGUUGGAUAGGCUAAAAGUUGUCACCGUACAAAAUUGAAAGCUGUCAAUUUUAACUGGAUUUUUUUCAGUAAGUUGUAAAGUAAAUCUCCCAGGUUGGACAGAUGACAGCCUCUCCUGGGUUUAUGAAAGGCGUGUGGGUGCUGAAUGCCCAUGCCCACCCCUCCGUGGCCAGAGCAUGGUGGUGGCUGUUGGGCCUGCCCACGCUGGGCUAGCAUGCCUGUGUCAGGGAGCACCUGUGUGGACGCAGAGGCGCUGUCUGGGCGUGGAGAGCUGUGUGUGUGUGUGUUGUGCGUGUGUGUGUUGUGUGUGUGUGUAUAUGUGUAUUGGGGACAGCUUUCUGGUUUGGUGUAAGGUAAGGUGAGGAUUUCCAUUUCUGCUCCAUUACUCCUCUGGAGGUAUUUUCCACCUCAUUUUAUCUUGAAAGUCCUGCCUCUGUUUGUAUAAAAAUUUUACGACUUCUGAUUUCAGAACUGUCUGGAAGGGUGGUUCUCAUGCCAGUCAUUUCCCAGGAGGCCGACUGCAGGGGUGUCUGUCUCCCGUGAGAGCCGGCUUUAAUGCUGGGCUUGUCCAUUGGAGAUCUGAAGAUUGGUGUUGAGGAGACUGUCCCAGCAGGCCUUUAGGAAGCCGCAAAGUAUUCUUAAGUAAAACAUGCAAAUUUUAAUUGCCUUGCUUUUGUGUUUCAGGGGAGCCCCAUUCUUAAAUUAUUGUUCUAUUUGCCAUCUCCUCUUCACCAGCAGUGAACAGGAGUGGUUGGGGAAAGCUUUGGCACGCCUUGCACUGGUCAGAGCAGGCAUGCCGUCGCCAUGGAACCCGGUCCCGCCCGCCAUGCUGUCCUGGGGAGGGGUCCCCUUCCUGUGCUGACGCUGUGGGGAGGUGGGGCUGUGCUCACUUCUUCUGUCGUAAUGGCAUUCAGUACUAAUUUUAUAAGUGCAUCUUGUGUGAAACUCAAUAAAUUCAAUUUUGUAAUCUUUUU